AUGGCUUCAAAGUUCCAAAAGUGCAGAUUGUGUUUAAAGCUCGGUGAUUUUUGUUCCAUAUUUGAACAGGAUGAUUCGAUUAGACUUUCUGAUAUGGUUAUGUCUUUUACUGAUAUUCAGAUUCACGAAGGAGACGGCUUGCCGGACCGAGUGUGCUCAUCUUGUAUUGAGAAUUUGAGCACUGCAUACUUGUUUAAGUUGCAAUGUGAGCGCAUUAACAACAUGCUAAGGAAAUCUCCAGAUGUGCAACUUGAUCAACCAGAUGGAGUUUCAGACUACAAUGUGUUUCUUAACCAAGAAUUCCACAUGCAUGUUGAAGAUAACACUCAAGGUGAAAAUGAACAAAACACAGAAAGGGCUGCAAAUGUAGAAGAGCAAAAUCAAAUUGGAACAAGCCAUGAAAUAAGUGACGAAACUGACAGUGAUGCAGAUUCAAUUAAAUGUGUUUACUGCAAUCAGUCUUAUGGCAACUUUGGUGCACAUACUUGCCACGUCACAUGUACUAUUGAGAAUAAUCAGUUACAACAAUCUACCAGCACAGAGACACUUGUAGCAGCUGAUUUCACUCCUCCCAAACUUCCGCCUAAACCACCAUCCCCCCUCAGCGAUAAAUCAUUCUCAGUGUCCUGUGUCCUUUGCGAUGAAAAGUAUGACCGGUAUGAUGACUAUGUCAUCCAUUUGAACAAAUGCACAACAAAUGUAAAAUUGCAUCAUUAUGUAUGCCCAAUCUGUCAUGAUAUUAACACAGACAAGUUGGCCUAUUUAGAGCAUUUGAAAUGUGCUCAUUUCAAGUCAACAGCUGAUUCGGAUCAAUUCUCUGAUCCUGGUGAGGACUGUGUGGACUUUGCUCCGAUGCUGGAGAAAACACGACGUCCCAAAGCCGUUCGCCGCCAAAUAGGUUGGUCGAUUGAAGAUAUUUACCAAGAAAUUGAGUGCAAAAAAGUUGAGGAACAACAGACUCCAACAUCCAGUCCAAUUAAGACAUUUUUUUCCAAAUUGGGGAAUGAGUCAUUCAGCAGACAAAGUACUCCAAAGAAAGUCAGUUUUCGCAAAUGGAUUGAAAGUAGUAAAGCAUCAAACUACCUGCCCUUCCGCAAGUACAUACAGAACUAUAAGCUGAAGAAAAACGUCACUGCUUAUAGUCCUAUAGGAAAGACUCAUGUUACAAGUCACAUACAGGCUGUUAUGUCUGAACCAGUGUCAGACAGCGACUACCACUCCCCGAGUGGUACUUCCGAAGAGUCAUGGAAGCUGAAACAGAACCUGAUAUGUGCGUGCGACAAGAAAGUUUUUAUGCUUUCUGAAUUCAUACACGACCGUGAUCGCAUAGCAUCAAUGAUCAACGAGCUCGGCGGCGUAGUAGCGGAAAAUACAAAAAUGGAAAUGCUGGCAACACACUUCAUAUCUGUGCUACCGAGCGACACUUUCACCGGCAUGAUGGUGUGCGCCCUGGCAACUGGCAAAUGGCUGCUACAUGUCAGCUUCGUGUAUGACAGUUUUAGAUGCAAGAAGUUUUUACGUGAAGACAUGUACGAAUGGAUGAAACACCCGAAAAUAAUUGAAAUCGAUCACACGAGUGUGGAAGUCGCAAAAGCCGCAGUAUACUGGCAUUUGGAACUUGAAUCUGUUAGUUCUAGAUACCCCUUUGAAGGCAAGCAAAUUGUGCUCAUUAUGAAGAAAAAGUACCGCCAAUACUAUCAAAUGAUAUUCAAGACUCUGAAGGCGAAAACUGUUACUUAUGAUCCGAGAACACCAGGCAGCUGUUGCUCGGCGGACUACUGCUUCGUCGAUAUGAAAGUGAUAGAACGAGUGAAACUCCGUUUUUUCGCUCGACACAACGUACCGGUCUUCCCGUACCAGUACAUACUGGUGUAUCUACUCAAAAGAGGCCAUGUGGAAGACGAACAUAAGUACACGCUUCAAGACUGCAAAUUUUUGGCUAAGGAUACUACUUAUUACUUAAAUAGUACUUAUUAAGUAUAAUGUAUCUUUUCUAAUCAGGUGCCAGUCAAUCACACCAAGUACCUUGUCUCAAGUCAGGGAUGUCCCUGUACUGUGAGUAUCAUAGUAAUGAAGUUGAUAAAAAGUUGAAAUUCUACCCAGAACAGCCAGACCUGAUCCAAUUUAGAAAAUUUUGUUUGCCACCACAGCCGCGCUCCGAGGUCGUCAAAAAGUUAAGUUCGCUCAAUCAUUGAACUGAAGUACUACGUGUACAUUAACAUAACUUUAUAAAAGACUACCUAUAGCUACAAUUAAUUUACAAAAUUUACUUAUAAUCAGGGUUCGAAAUGAUAAUUAUCAAUGAUAAUAAUCAUGAUAAUUAUCACGAUAAUAAUUUCGAUAUUAUAAAAUUAAUUGGAACAACGAAAUGCUACCGCUAGCAAUGUCGUGUCAUGUGUUUGUAUCAGGGACGUAUCAAAACUUAUCAAUCUGAUAAAAAUCACAAACCAAAUCCUUCUCCUGAAGAUUUUUCUUCGUGUUUAUUUAGUUUUCUCAUUAUUUGUCAUUUUUACUAGAAAAUUAUAAAAACUGAAUCUGUAUGAAUAAUUAUCAGACUUAUAUCGGAUAAUUAUGAGACUUAUAUCGGAUAAUUAUCAUCAUAAUUACAAAAAAAAUCUUGGGAACCCUGCUUAUAAGAAGAAAACAGUACCGAACUAUUUAAUUCUAUAUCAUGGGAUGAUGCCAGUUAAAGCAAACAAGUGCUAAUAUUAGUAUAGCAAAUUAAGAUUAAUCUAGAGAUAGUAAAUGAAAAGACUAAAGGCCGCCAUAUUCAUAUUUUAAUAACCAUUUUCAGUGGGACAGUGGGACACAAUCUCGAUGAACGCAAUACACUAAUUUAAAAAAAAAUUGACUGAGAAAAUAUGAUUGUUAUUUAGGUUAAAUGAACAAGGCCAUAUUUUUUCAUAAUCAUUCACUCAACAUACAAAACCGUAUUGUAAAUUGUAAAAAUAAAACAUACGAUCUAAAUAUAUUUUCGCAUGUAUAUACAGGGUUAUUUGUCAAAAGCUAACAACCUCUCUGGACUAAAUUACUAACAUCAUGAACAACAACUUUUGUCCUAAGCCUUUUUACAAAACACGUAAAUU